UUAGAACUAGGCUGACAUUGCCUCUCACUCGGUGACAGCCUGACUCAGGGCUCACUCACUCAGAGCCACGCUGGAGACGGGUCCCCUUGCCAUACCCUCAGCUGGUCACCGCUAGCGUGGGGCAUGUCAGCUUCUGUCACCACCGAUGAUGGUCCUUUCUGAGACGCACCUGUGAUCCCGCCAUUUAAACCUAAGGAAGCUGGGGACUCUGUGACAAUGUGGAGAAACCAUGUCAGGGAACGGGGUUUGCGCCGGGGCUGUCAACGCCGUGAAGGAAGUGUGGGAGAAGAGGAUACAGAUACUCACGGAAGACCUGAAGCGAGAGAAGGAGUUUAAACAGAAGCUUGUGCGGAUCUGGGAGGAGCGGGUCACCUUGACGAGGCUGAAGGAGAAGGUCACCAGGGAAAGCGGCAGAGUUAUUUUGAAGAUAGAGCAGGAGGAGUGGAAGACCCUUCCUUCUUCUCUCCUGAAACUGAAUCAGCUACAGGAGUGGCAGCUGCACAGAACUGGUUUGUUGAAAAUCCCUGAGUUCAUCGGAAGAUUCCAGAACCUCAUUGUGUUAGAUUUAUCUCGAAACACGAUUUCAGAGAUACCCCGAGGGAUAGGGCUGCUUACUAGACUUCAGGAGCUGACUCUUAGUUACAACAAGAUCAAGACGGUCCCCCCGGAGCUGAGUAACUGUGCCAGCUUGGAGAAACUGGAACUGGCUGUCAACAGAGACAUCUGCGAGCUUCCUCCGGAGCUCGGCCGCCUGACGAAGCUCACCCACCUGGACCUGAGCAUGAACAGCUUCACCGCCAUCCCCGCCGCCGUGCUCAGCAUGCCCGCCCUCGAGUGGCUGGACCUGGGGAGCAACCAACUCGAGCAGCUCCCCGAUGCCAUAGAGAGGAUGCAGAGUCUGCACACGUUGUGGCUGCAGCGGAAUGAAAUCGCCUGCUUGCCUGAGUCCAUCAGCAGCUUGAAAAACCUGGGCACGCUCGUUCUCUGCAACAACAAACUGCAAGACAUCCCGGCGUGCAUGGGCGAGAUGCCCAGCCUGAGGUUUGUCAACUUCAGAGACAACCCGCUGAGACUGGAAGUGACCCUUCCCGCCCCUGAGAGCACCGAGGAGGAGGAGGAGCAGGAAUUAUUCGGCCUCCAGUUCAUGCACACCUACAUCCAGGAGUCCCGGAGACAAGCAGAGCGAGAGGAAGGCAGAGGCAGAGAAACAUCGAUGGGAGAGGAACAUCCACCAGCUGAACCUGCAGGUUCUGCAGAUACCGCAGCCGACCGUGCGACCACGCCCCCCGCCUCUACAGACCCCGACGGCUGACGGGACCCAGGCGCCUACUGAAGUGACUUUGGUGAAUUCUCUCAGGUCUGGACUCUUCUCAAGUAAAAAACAAAGCUAGUACCCAAGUUCAAUGAGGCACAACGUUUUUUUAAAGUUCGCAUCACCUGCUAUCAAUGAUAUUUUUGUGAAUAUAAAAAUACAAUGUAGAAGGCCUUGUUUUUUGGUGGAAGACAGAUGGUGUUCAGUUUCUUCUCCGUCAAGCAGUCGCGUCUGCGGGUGGAGCCUGCGCGGGUAAGGCCGUGAGCAGCACGUUCUCCAGGGACACCCCCGGGUCGGCGUAGCGCUGCAGCGCGCCCCGGAAGCCCCGCCGCUGCAGGUACUCCAGGCGGCCCUGGUCAAUCAGCAGCUUACACAGGCGCCCCAGCCUCUCCUUCUCCUCCGCAGGGAGAAACCUACGCAAAGAACACACACAGCAACGCUCGCGUUUGUCAGUUUGCAACAAGCUCUUUCUGGCUCCUCUGUACUGGAAGCCGCCGGUGAGCUGCCAGCCCUGGGCGCUGUGUCCCACGCUUCCCAGACACGCUUCACUUAUGACCACGAUGCAGACGUGAGGCUUUGAGCUGACGGCCACACACAUGUUCAUGAAUGAACUUUGGCAGCAUUCGUCUGAGAACAGAGAUGAACAGUCCCGCCCCAGAGCUGUCCAGUUCCCCGUCACUUACCCGGGCAAAGUCCCGGCGGGGUCCUCAGGGCCUCUGUGUCCCCCGCCAUCAUGCUCCUCGCCGUCCUUGCUCUCGUCCUCUCUUGUCCUGGGGACACUGGAGGCCUCCAGAGCAGCUGUCCGCCUCCCACACGUCGCCCAGCUACUCAUGCGCUGGAAAUAGUGGAACUCCAGGGCUCCCAGGCCCCGGGCCCUGAAAUAGUCUUUGCCCACAUAGUGUCUCCACUCGCACCUGUGGUGACAGCACAGCGCGACCACAAUGCCAGCCACAGGGCUCCACUCCUCCGCCACGAGUCCUUCACCUCCGUCCCCGGCCGCAGCGUCCAGGUCCUUGUCUGCCUUACUGUUCUUUAUGCGUUUGGCUGAAGGCUCCUCAUUCCCCUCCUCACGCCUGGCUCCGUACGUUUCAACCAGACAGCGCAAUGCCAGAUCUGCAAACACAACCACGGCCCCACGGCAGCGUCUUCCCCGUGAGUCCUUUCACUUCGAGGGAGCACUCUGGCUUCUAAAACCCCAAACCAAAAGCAGCCAACCUGCUUAGCUUCCCACCAGUGAUCAUUCUCUUCUGAAUGGUCAGCUUUGUUUGUAUUUGUUCUUUUCUCAUUAUCGUCUCACUUUCUUGAAUGAUUUAUUCUGCAUAAAGUCUACUUCUCAGUAAAACUGUCCGAAGCUUAAGGUCUAGUUUGCAAAAUCUUUCAGUCCAAAUCCUGGGACUGACUUCAGGUCUCCUGCCCUGGCGGAGGAAAUGCCUCGCACGGAGCAAACUCAUCUCCCUACACUUACAAGCCACGGAGGUUUCCACCUCAAGAAAAGCCGAAGAAAGAAAUGAAGAGGCCAGGCGUCCGUGUGGGCUGGCGGAGGUGCCAGUCCUGAAAGGAGAGAUGGAGGGAAGACGCAGAGGGAGAACCAGGACAGAAGAGCCACCGAGAAGCACGCCAUUCAAGAAGGGGAGCAGGAGGCCCUGUGUCUGAUCUCACCCGGGGCCAUGAGCAGCUGAGCAGGAGGCCGUCUGGUCUCCCACGGGCAGUGCUCCCGGGCAGACCACCACGCUGUGACCACGUGACGGGAACACAGAGACACCCCUGAAAUGGUGGGGCCGUGCGCUAGGACCUCGAGAGCGUGGAGAUGCGAUGGGUGUGCGGGCUUACCUGUCGCCGCACCACACAGGUGCUUUCCGAUUCCUACCACAGGCAGCCUCUCCCUGCUCAGCACGGGAAUCCUGUCUGAAAUAAAAGGAGAACUAAGUCAGCCCCUUGUGGGAUAAGGCCUUACGGUGCCUCAUCAAACAGAGAACUAAGUAGAGUCUUUGAGUUUUAGGGCUGAGAGAGACUCAAACAAACGUUCGCACUUGGUGGUUUAGGAAUGAGGCUCAAAGACGCAGCGGCUGGAGGAGGACACAGGCGGCUGUGAGCGAGCAGUGUGGCGGCUGCCUGACCAGGCCUCGCCCUCGCGCCUGACGCGUGUCAUGCGUGGCUGGACUUCCAAGCAAC